GUCCAGAUCACUGGAACUCUGAAACCAAUCGUCGUCUUCCUCGUAUUGAGUCCAAAUCGUCAACAUCUCCUCUCUCUCUCUCUCUCUCUCUCUCUCUAUAUAUAUAUAUAUAUAUAUAUUGCCUGCUAUACAGAUCUCUUCCUCUCUCUUUCUCUCUCUCUCUGCCCUCUCGAUUCGAUGAGAUGGGCAAAUUCUCAGCAAUAAUAUAUGUUACAGUGGCCGUUCUGCUGCUGCUCCUCAUCUCUUAUUCGCCGAAGAAACCCUCGCAUCAGAACCGCCGCCAUCUCCGCUUCAAGCUACGCUCCAACUUCGCAUUCACCCCCGCCGUUCAGUCGGCCGAGCACCACCGGCGCCAUGAGCCCGUCCCCUUCGAUCCCUUGGUGGCUGACAUCGAGCGGAAGCGAGAGGACAAGGAAUGGGAGAAGAUCAUGUACUUGGAACAGCACGGCAGCAACGACGAUGCGGCCCCUGGUGCCGAGUCCCAGCCCGAGUGGGAGGACUUCAUGAACGCCGAGGACUACUUGAACGACGAGGAGAGGUUUAAUGUCACUGAUCGCUUGGUCUUGCUCUUCCCCAAGAUCGAUGUGGAUCCCACGGACUCGUACGCCUCCGAGCACGAGCUCACCGAGUGGAUUUUGAAGAAUUCGCAGAGAGAAGUGUUGCACCGCACCCAAAGGGAUAUGGAGCUUCACGACAAGAAUCACGACGGCUUCGUUUCCUUCUCCGAGUACGAGCCUCCCAGCUGGGCGGCUCGCGAUUCAGCUUCGUCAUUUGGGUAUGAAAUGGGCUGGUGGAAAGAGGAACAUUUUAAUGCGUCUGAUGCAGAUGGUGAUGGUCUUCUAAAUAUAACAGAGUUUAAUGACUUUCUGCACCCUGCUGACACCAAGAACCCAAAGUUACUUCAUUGGUUGUGCCAGGAGGAGAUAAGGGAAAGGGAUACUGAUAAAGAUGGGAAGAUUAGUUUCAAGGAAUUCUUUCAUGGUCUGUUUGACUUCGUAAGAAACUAUGAUGAAGAGGGUCAUAAUUCUACACAUGGGUCUGAUGAUUCCAAUGAGGCCCCAGCUAGAAAGCUAUUUGCUGAGCUUGACAAAGAUGGUGAUGGAUAUUUAUCAGAUGUAGAACUGCUACCAGUCAUUGGUAAACUUCAUCCAUCUGAAGGUUACUAUGCGAAGCAACAGGCAGAUUACAUCAUAUCACAGGCGGAUGCAGAUAAAGAUGGGCGCCUAACCUUGACCGAGAUGGUUGAUAGCCCUUAUGUGUUCUAUAGUGCCAUAUUUGACGAAGAUGAAGAAGAAGACUAUGAAUACCAUGAUGAGUUCCGCUAGUUUCAGGCUAGAUGAGGAGUUUGUAGAAACACACGUAAAAAGUAUGCGGCCUCUCUCUUUUAGUGAUGUUGAGCGUUAAAUUUCUGGACUUUGUCUGUCCGAUGCUAGGGAACUCAAUAGAUCAAAAUUAUUUUCCGGAAAAACACUUGUAUGGUGUAUUAUAAAAUUAUGAGGCAUAAUUAAGGUGUCAUCAAGACCAGGGUCAGCUUCCAUCCCCUGAUUACUCUUUCCCAUUCAGGCAGUUCACUCCCAAACACCCAGAGAUUCGUCCAGAAUGCUGAAAAUUACUUUAUUUUGGUGGAAUUCUUUAAACUUCCAUAUCUUGAAAAUGCAGUGUUUUUGUUUUUUUUUUUUGUUCUUUUUCCUUCAAAGUGUUAUCACACAUUUCGUAUUUUUGUUUUUUCAGUCUUAGAUAUUUGAGUUUGGAAGGUGUAGAACUCGCAAAUGGUAAUGUAGCAGGUGACAAUAGCCAUCCAAUCCCCUCUGAUAUGGCAAUUGUUCUUGAUUCACUGCCGAUUUUUUAA